CUCUUGUUGCAACUAAUGGCCAACGCACACAUGAUAUCUAGCGGCAGCCCUCCUCUACCUCCCAUAAAUAUGGCCUCCCAUUUUGUGUUGAAAUCACCGAAUCUGUAACUUAGAAUUACUUCUGGGUGGCGAGAGAGAGAGAGAGAGAGAUGGGUAGUUAUAUCGAAGAAAACUCUGCUUCUCCAGUCAAACUGCCAACGAUAAAGUUCACCAAACUAUUCAUCAAUGGAGAAUUUGUAGAUUCAGUUUCAGGUAAAACUUUCGAGACGAUCGACCCAAGAACAGGAGAGGUUAUAGCUAGAGUUGCAGAAGGAGAUAAAGAGGACGUGGAUUUGGCUGUGAAGGCUGCCCGCCAGGCAUUUGAUGACGGUCCCUGGCCUCGCAUGUCUGGUGCUGAAAGAGGAAGGAUUAUGAUGAAAUACGCAGACUUAAUUGAUGAGCAUAUAGAAGAGUUAGCUGCGCUGGACGCUAUUGAUGCUGGGAAGUUGUUUAGCGGGGGCAAAGCUGUGGACAUCCCGAAUGUAGCACGUCUACUACGUUAUUAUGCAGGUGCAGCUGAUAAAAUUCAUGGGGAAGUGUUGAAAAUGUCACGCGAGCUUCAUGGAUACACGCUGCGUGAACCCAUUGGUGUUUCAGGGCAUAUCAUUCCCUGGAACUUCCCUAGCUCCAUGUUCUUCAUGAUGUCAGCCCCAGCCUUAGCUGCCGGGUGCACCAUGAUUGUAAAACCAGCCGAGCAAACACCUCUUUCGGCUCUAUUUUAUGGUCAUCUAGCCAAGCAGGCAGGAAUGCCUGAUGGAGUGAUCAAUGUAAUAACCGGAUAUGGACCAACGGCUGGUGCUGCCAUUGCAUCUCAUAUGGACGUUGACAAGGUAUGUUUUACAGGGUCUACCGAAGUUGGACGGAAAAUAAUGCAGGCUGCAGCAACAAGCAACUUGAAACAAGUUUCACUUGAAUUAGGAGGCAAAUCACCUCUCCUAAUUUUUGACGAUGCUGAUGUAGAUAAAGCUGCAGAUCUUGCUCUCCUUGGCAUCCUGUAUAACAAGGGAGAAAUUUGCGUCGCGAGUUCCCGUGUUUUUGUUCAGGAAGGGAUUUAUGAUGAAUUUGUAAAGAAGUUGAAGGAGAAGGCAAAAGAUUGGGUAGUUGGGGAUCCUUUUGAUCCAAGGUCUCGCCUAGGUCCACAGGUUGAUAAGCAGCAGUUUGAUAAAAUUCUUUCGUACAUCGAGCAUGGAAAACGAGAAGGGGCCUCUUUGUUAACAGGUGGUAAACCUGUAGGCAAGAAGGGAUAUUUCAUUGAGCCUACAGUUUUCACAGAUGUUAAGGAGGACAUGAUGAUAGCAACAGAUGAGAUUUUUGGACCGGUAAUGUCACUCAUGAAGUUCAAGACAAUUGACGAGGCAAUUAAGAAGGCAAACAACACAAAAUAUGGCCUUGCAGCUGGUAUUGUUACCAAGAACUUGGAUGUAGCUAAUACUGUGUCGAGAUCCAUCCGCGCAGGCACCAUUUGGAUCAACUGCUACUUCGCGUUUGAUAACGACUGCUCGUAUGGAGGAUACAAGAUGAGUGGAUUUGGAAGGCAUCUUGGAAUGGAAGCCCUUCAUAAGUUCCUUCAGGUCAAGUCUGUUGUUACCCCCAUAUACAACUCCCCUUGGCUAUGAAUAAGAUGAACGGGUGGUUCCGGUCAAGCUUCAUCGGAGGAGCUACUCAUGUGUCGUGUUUUCCUUCUCUUUCUAAAUGAAUAAUUCAAAAAUGUAUUGUCUUUCUUCUCCGCCGCCGCGUUGUACCAAAUAAUAUUAGUUCGGAAGGUUUCCUUCAGCGACUUCCAAACUGUGUAAUAACCAUUUUCUGAUAACAUGCUUGGUCAACUCAGUAGUUCCUCAUUUUCUAA